AGGCAGCGCAAAUGGGGGGCGGCGGCGGAAGGAGCCCGACGGCGAGCGGCGGGAGCAGCAGCAGCGACGAUGACGGGGACGCCGCCUGGAAGGCCGCCAUCAAAUCCAUCGCCGCUGUGGGAUUCGGCGUGCCAGUGUCCAACGGCGCGGCGAAGGCCUCCUCAGGAAGCGGCGGCGAGGCAAGCCACGGGGAGGAGCAGCAGCCAUCGCAGGAGGGGAAGGCGCAAGCGCCUGGGCUUAAGCUUUACCAGAUCAAGGUAAGGAAUAUGUUGGAUGACAUGUUAGAGAGGAACCUUGAAAUAGUCAAAACUCCUUGUUCAAACUUGGCUGACCCCAUGGAAACAGAUGGAGGGAUAAAAUUAUUUAAAAAAGCUCCACCUGGCAUCAGGAUGGAUGCCAUGGAUAAAUACCAUGUGCAACUGAAGAGACCAAGAAUCCUGCCUGGAACAGAUGUCGAUGAGAAAUCUAAGAAGUUCAGGCAUAUGCUUAAAUCUGUCACUGUUGAUGGCAAUGACAUACUUGCUUCCGCAAAGGAAGCAUUGGAAAGAUCGUCGGCUAGAUUGGAAGCGAAAGAAGCCGCAGUGAAGGCAGCAGCCAAGAGGGAGGAAGAAAGGGUGCGGGAACUGAAGAAAGUUAGGGGAGAGAAAUGGCUUCCUUCAAUUGCUAGACAAAUGAAAGAAGAAAAGGCUUGGGAGCAACGGAAGUGAUGAUGCAUCAUGCAUGCCAGUACGAGUAUCUAUGCUAAUUUCUGGUGUCACCGUCGGCAGUGACCUCUUCCCCUCCUGUAUUGUAACCUUUGCACUGGCUGAGUUUAGUUCUGGAUGUCUGGCAUUCGUCUCGAUGGGCCUUUUUUUUGGUAGACGGUUUUUUAUUGUAGCAUUCCAGGAGAUUUUGUGAGAUGGAAGUAGCGUAUGCAUUAUUUGCAAACGCAUCCAAGAAGUAAAACAUUUUUUAAGUUUGUCUGAAAUUUAGAGGUUGAUGAAAGGCAACUCUGCCAGACUGCCCGUAGCAGCUU